AUGCAUUUGGAACAGGCCAAUAGAACUGCCACCAUCAAGGCCAGAUACAGCAUCCGUGGUGGGGCCAAGCUGGGCCCUGAUGGCCUUAAGCUGAGGGCAAGGCAUCUCCCCAAAGACCUCUUCCCCCAAGAAGCCACACCUUCCCAAGAGUUCUCAGCCCUGUUCCAGCUGCCAGAAGUGACUAGAGCUGGGCCCUCCAGGACCUCGGUCUCCAGCCCCAGCGCCAUUCCCACCCCACUGCCCAGGAACAACGCUGACCUCAUCGGCCCCACAUCCAAUUCUGCCCAGACUUGUAGGUCCACCUUAGAAAAGUCAGGAGACACCUGGGAAAUCAAGGCAAUGACCUCUUCCAGCCUUGUUGUCCCAUGGCCACCCAGAGGCCCUGGGGCAGCCACUCAACAUCCCAAUAAACCUCACUGUGUACCAGCAUUAUGCCAGGGUCCAGGUAUUUAGCCAGAAGCAGCCUCUGCCCUCCCUGAGUUGACAUUUCGUGGGGAUGUGCACCAAAGCGAGGCCUGUUGGAGAUGUUUAGAAACAGUCAUCUCUCUUGACAUCACUGCUUCCCAUAUAAAUCUUCUAGGAAGAUCUUCCUCACCUCCAACUCUCCUGAUACAGCUGUCAAGUCCUCAGCAAAUUAUUCAUGACUCCACACAUCAACUUCCUGGUCUGGAAGAUGGGGAUAAUAAGAGAACCCAUGCCCCAGGAUGGCUAUAGAGACUACAUGAGCAUGUAGGUGCAGAGCCCAGUAGCACAAGGUACAGCCAUUCAAAUCAACUGGCAUUUAUCAAGGGCUGCUCUGCCAGUUCCCUCUCUACAGUAUACUCCAACACAUCUACACAUGCACUGCUAUAA